AUGGUCGCUAUUCCAGGAGGAGUGUUCACAAUGGGCACUGAUGAGCCUGAAAUACAGCAAGAUGGAGAAUGGCCUGCUAGAAGAGUCCACGUUAACAGUUUCUACAUGGAUCAGUACGAGGUCAGCAAUGAGGAGUUCGAGACGUUUGUGAAUUCUACUGGGUACGUUACUGAGGCAGAGAAAUUUGGCGAUUCCUUUGUGUUUGAGGGAAUGCUGAGUGAAGAAGUGAAGGCUGACAUCCACCAGGCAGUUGCAGCUGCUCCCUGGUGGUUGCCUGUGAAGGGAGCCAACUGGAAGCACCCCGAGGGUCCUGACUCCAAUGUCUCCAACAGAAUGGAUCAUCCAGUUCUUCAUGUUUCCUGGAAUGACGCUGUGGCGUUCUGCACAUGGGCAGGGAAACGAUUGCCAACUGAGGCUGAAUGGGAAUACAGCUGUCGAGGGGGCCUUGAAAAUAGACUUUUCCCAUGGGGCAACAAGCUUCAGCCAAAAGGCCAACAUUAUGCCAAUAUCUGGCAGGGAGUGUUCCCAACCAGUAACACUGCAGAAGAUGGAUACAAAGGAACUGCCCCGGUCACUGCGUUUCCUCCCAACGGCUAUGGCUUGUACAACAUGGUAGGAAACGCCUGGGAAUGGACGUCUGACUGGUGGGCUGUUCAUCAUUCGACAGAUGAAGUUCACAACCCUAAAGGGCCCCCGUCGGGGACGGACAGAGUGAAGAAGGGUGGAUCCUAUAUGUGCCAUAAGUCCUACUGCUACAGGUACCGCUGUGCAGCCCGUAGUCAAAACACUCCUGACAGCUCUGCUUCAAAUCUGGGAUUCCGCUGCGCAGCAGACACCUCGCCGGAGCUGCCGUGA